CAUGGAAACAUGCUCCGUGAGACAGCCAGCAUCGACAAUGGCCAGGAUGAAAAAGGAAACUGUAUCUCCAUAUUCAGUGUUGGAAUGCCUGAGGAGGGGAGAAAGACGAUGAUGCUCCAAGAAAUCUGCUUUGGCCCAAUCUGCUCAUUCGUGAUUUAUACUCCUAUUGAUUCUGUCAUAAUCAAUGCUGUGAUCGGUGGUGCAGACCCCAACUUUGUUGCAUUGCUGCCUUCGGGGUUUGUCAUCCACCCUGAUGGGCCCUCUGGAUUCGGGGACGAUGAAGCUAAACCUGGAGGUUCUAUUCUGACGGUGGCGUUUCAGAUCUCAAUGCACUCUCGUCCAAAUUCUAAGAUCUCUGCCAUAUCCAUUGCAACAGUGAAUAAUCUUCUGUCUUGCACCUGUGCCAGAAUAAGAGCCAUUGCUUUGGCCCAGUAAUGCAGGCAGAAAUUGAAG